AAUACGUGGAUUACUGCCUGUCCAGGCCGUUCAAAGCAACCCGGAACGAACUGGAUCUGUGUCCUCACAAGCUACAAAGUAUAUGGCUCUCGAAUCUGAAUCCAUCUAUAGAAGCCCCACAUCUGCGGCGACAUUGAAAGCAAGCUUUUCCGGGAAGCCUCCGUAAAGCGUGCGUGCAAAUGAGCCGUCACAAUCAAGACAUUGCAUUCAAGUGCGUUGGACAUGACCCUGAUCCCACUACAGAGAAAGAAAGCUUAGAGCGGUGUUGGAACUUGUCCUAUCUCACUGUGGAUCUAGAGAAAGAUCGACAACUUUUCUACGAACUAUUAAGGUCCUAUACGGUGUACAACACACGAAAGAGGAAGCUCUUGCCAGAUAUCAUGUUUCGAGUAUCCCAGGUAGGCAAUCUAAGCGUCUGCCUAGAGCUUGACUUGCGAGUCCAAAGCCUGACACCAUCCACUCCAGUGCUGUUCAGAACUUCAGUGUCCACAAUAUUGCCGUGCGGAUGCCCUGACACCGACCCGUGCCUUUGUUCCACUGUGGAACGACUUGGAGCUUGAACGGUUGUCUCCAUCUGGUGGCGGCAGUACACUUCCACGUCGUCGUCCGCGUAACUUGUCCAAGCCUCAUCGAUUC